AUCACAAAAGACCAGCAUAUCAUCCACUGGGCUGUGCGGUGGAAGUUGACAAGACCCGUGUCGCUCACUCAGCCUGGCACCCCAGAGAACCAGGAGCUGCGGAGGACCCUCAGCGAAGGCUAUUGAGUUAUUGUGCCAGUGGACACGACGAGUACGCUUAUGCCAAAAGCCGUCACGGAUUCGAGGACGCGUCGUUCAACGCCUUACAACUUGCGACCUCGACCGGGUCGCCCUGCACCAACACUCGCUCCUGUGUCAUGGCAACCGCUGGCUUCACCGUCGACUUCUGCAGCUAUGUUAUACCAGCCGUUGCGUUCACGCUCAUCAUUCUCCUCUGAUUCCACCAGUUCGGCGCCGUCGACUUCUGCAGCUAUGUUAUACCAGCCGUUGUAUUCACGUUCAUCGGUCUCCUCCGCAGCGCAACCUGCCGCCUCGGACGAACGUGUCGACUAUGAUGAUCCCAUGAGUUCCCCCGAGCCGUCUGACCUUGAGUCAUUAGCCCCGGGCCGGGAUGCAUACGGGUUUCUUUCACCGGUUCCACAGGCAAUACCAGGUAUCGAUCAAAUCUUCAUCGGCGGAACCUCAGAAGUCUAUCAAAUACCUGGAAGUGGGAAGGUCAUGCAAUUUGCCCAGAAGACAGCAUAUGGCCGUCCUCCGGCGGGGUGCUCGUGCGCACAGCAUAAUGCUGCUAGCGACCCUGUAGGGUCAGCGUAUCACGGUGGUAGCUCGCAAAUUGGCCAAUCUGCAGACGGUCAGUCCGAUUCGGAGCAGUCGUCUUCAGGCUCUUCGCAGAUGGACGUCGACGACAACAACGACGAGGACGAUGACGAGGACAACGAGGACAACGAUAAUGAGGACGACAAUAACGAGGACGACGACGAGGACGACGAGGAAGAAGAAGAGGAGGAAGCCUUCAUUGGCAGUCGGGCGUCGUCGUCUUCUGUCGAUGAAGAUGGUUCUGAAGAUGAGUCUCCCGGAUUCCUGCCGCCGCGUGAUAUGUCUUUCGGUCCUGUAGCUCCAAUACCAGGCUUUGACCAAAUCAUGGUCGGCGGACUUGGGAUGGUCAUUCGAAGGCCUGGAACCGGGAAGGUGAUACAGGUCGCCCAAAAGACCGCGUACAGACCCCCUCCGGCGGGCCGCAGAUCGUCCACCGCGACGUCCACACAGCCAUCCUCCUCUUCGUCCCCUACGCAACCCGCUACCACUUCCCGUCCACCAGGUGCACCUGCUGCUCGAUACGCUGUCGCGGCGACGACGUCGCGGCCCGCUGCCAGUUCGCAGUCUGCUCAGGCUGCAUCGAUACCUGCACUCCGGUCGGCGCUGCGCCAACGCAAGCAGGUGCGGAUAUCGUCCAAUCCCCCCGAUGUCAAACGUUUUUGACCUUACUGAAAAUCGAGUGGUGUCCUAUGUCGGGGUCAUGGCGGUCACUGCUCGCUGCGUCUUCGUUAAAAUUGCUCUGCAUGGCUGUGUUUUGAAUUGCUCUCAAUCUCCUGUGUUACCUGUUCCGACUUCGCUCUGUGUCGCCGCGUUCUAGAUCUAUUCUCAAUCUGUUCUGCGUCGCUCGUUCUCAAUCUGCUCACAGUCUACCUAGCAUCGCAACCCCUGGUUUAUGAGAUACGUACCUUUUGUAUAUAAUGCGUACAUCGAUCCCACUACUUACAAGAAUGCUUCUUCGUCGUUAUGUUUCAGUCGUCAUCCUAGGG